GAUUACUUCAGAAAAUUCGGCGUUUUCGUUGAUGAGUUAGAAUUCUUGGAAAAGGAGAACAAAAAAAAGGCGAAAACCUAGUAAGCCAUGGCAGACAGACUUACUCAACUGCAGGACACUGUCAAUCAACAAGCUGAGCACUUCUGCAAUGCCAUCGGUGUAAUUCAGCAAACCUCAUAUCCCAGUAAGUUUGCAAAUUUCGACAGAACUGGCUCGCAGACACCCGUACAGAACCCGCCUCAAGAAGACUAUGCUCAACUUUUCGCCCAGCUGAUCGCUCGAUGUGCUAAGGACAUUGAUACGCUCAUUGAAUCAUUGCCCAAUGAAGACAGUUCACUUGAAUUACAAAAUUCGAGUCUUAAGCGACUGGAGAUUGAAAAUCAAGAAACUGCGGAGCAGCUCGAACAAGUUGUUCAGAAAGGGGAAUUAUUACUUGAGAAGAUACAAUCGGCUCUGGGGGACAUUGCCCAAUCACAAUUAGAUAUGCAAAUAACAUUAAAGCCCAACUUAAAAUGAAAUUACGAUAGUGGUUUAAGUAAUUUAUAUAUGUAGACUAAGUAAAUUGUGUGAAUUAAACUGCUAAAAAUCU